GUCCGGGAGAUGGUGAGCGCUCUUCGGGGCUUGCCUGAAGCUCUUGGCAAGCUCUCGAAACCGAAGGGCUUGAUCGACCCGAGAGGGUUGGGAAAACCUCAGAUCCUCGGGGACAAUGCGGAUGAGAAGUUCAGGUUGUGGGCCAUCAAGCUCGAGGACUACGUGAGCGGCGUCUUCGGUGGCAAGAGUCGGGAAGUGCUGGAAUGGGCAGCUGGAAUGGAUGCAGAGAUCACCCCAGCUGAGAUAGAUGCAAGCUUUGGAGGAAGCGCCGACAUCCUGGAACAGUGGGAUGAGGUGCAUGAGUUCAACGAGCAGCUCUACACCGUGUUGAGGGCGACGACAGAAGGAGGACCCUUCGACCUGGUUGAGAACUGCGCCACCGGAGCUGGCUUGGACGCUUGGAGAAGCUUGCACCGCCGGUUCGAUCCGGCCACUGGAUCAAGGAAGAGGGUGAUGCUCCAAGCCCUGACAAAUCCUGAGCGGGCUAGCUAUGAAACGCUUCAGGGGGCUUUGGAGCGGUGGAAGGCUCUCAGGUCAAGGUAUGACCGGAAGAAGGACCAGUUUGGGUCAAGAGAAGCAUUGCCCGAGUCUCUCGCCAUGAACGCCCUCGAGAAGCUGGUCCCGAAGGAGCUUGAGACUCACCUGAUGCUGAACUAUGCCCGCUUCAAGACCUUUGAGGAAAUGGAGAAAGAGGUGGUCAACUUUAUGGAGGCGAAGACGGGGUCAAGGAUGAUCGUGAGCUCCAACUUCUCCAAGCCCUCAGGGGGCAGCUCAGGGCCAGUCCCAAUGGACGUGGACAGCCUCGUGAAGGUCGUGUCGGGCAACAUUGUCUCCAUCGUGAAGAAAGGGGGCAAGGGUGAUGGCAAAGGCAACGCCAAUAAGAUCAAGUUCGAUGGACACAAGAAGGCCGAAUGCUGGUCGGCCCAAGGAAAAGGGAAAGGCCAGAAAGGAGGAGGUGGCAAGGGCAACAACAACAAGAACUCCGCUAACGCCCUUGAUCUUCCAGAACCUGAGCCUCGACCUGGUGAUGCAAAUGGAUUGGAGCUGUGUGCAUUGGAGGUGUGCACCUUGGAGGAGGCAAGAGAGAGAAGCUCAGUGCGCAGCGAGAGCCAACGAGCAUCCACCCUGCGCAGUGAGAGUCAUCGUGCAUCGACCCGGACGAGAUCCUCACGCCGAAGGACGGAGAGCUCAGCAGCAGACAGAUCUGCAUCCUCCGUUGAGUCCUCAGACUCAGUGGAGAAGCCCUGGUUGAAGUGCAACCUGGAUACCGGAACAUCGGUGACCGUCUUCCCCAAGGACAUGUUCGAAGCAGGCGAGCCCAAUGACAUGAGAUUGAAGACAGCAUCUGGGGAGGUGGUCAAGGCCUAUGGGAAGGCAACCGUCCAUGGCAAGGACACCCGUGGUUUGAUGCGGAAGCUCAAUGGCGGAGGAGAGAUCAUCCCGCUGAACCACCCGGUGAGCAAAGCGAUGAUCACGGCAUACCACAAAGCGGUGGAUGAGUUCGAUAAGAUGGGCAUCAUCCCUGUCUAUGAGGAGAAUGGGGUCUACAACUUCUACCUCUACGAGGAGCGGACCUCAGGCCGUGAUGAACAGCACAUGGACGGUUGGUGGAAGUGUGAGGCCAAGGAAUUCGAUGACAAGAUCACCCCGACCUGGCUAGAGGAUGAGGGAGGUCCAGGUGAUCAGGGGGGAGAGGCAGAGCAGGGCCCUGAGGAAUUGGAGAUCCAUGAGGCCCGACCAGCUCGACCCGGAUGGACGCCAGAUACGCCAUCCGACUUGGAGAAGAAAGAGCAUGAGGCUUCAGGGCAUGCGGUCUACAGGAGCUGGCGUCCAGAGUGCAUUCAGGCUGCAGGUCGAGUUCAGCAGCAUAGGAGGGUGCCCCGAGAGGAAGAGACGACCAGCACGGUGGUGAUGGACUACUUCUACCUCAACGAAGAGGAAGGAGCACGGCCACAUUGGUUCCUGGAGCUGUUGGGCUACAAGGAGAUCGUGCUGAAGAGCGACGGGGAGCACUCGCUGGUCAGGAUGAAGAAGGCAGCUGGCAGGGACGCCAAGAACCUGGUCAAGACCAUCUGUGAGGAGAGCCCUGCAGGAGAUUCAAGAGCGAACGGAGAGGCAGAAGCAGCUGUUCGUGAGAUCAAGUGGAGGAUCAAGGCCAUCCACUUGAUGCUGGAGAAGAAGUUCGAUGGGGGCCUGCCUGAAGGCCAUCCGUUGACCUUGUGGAUCCCACGCUAUGUGGCUGAGCAAUCGAACCGCUACAAGGUGGGAGCUGAUGGUGUGCUGGGCAUGACUUCGGAGGGUGUCUUGAGGAAGCCAGGCGAAGGAGCAGUGGAAGACAUUGAGGACCUCUUCCGGAGCGAGGAGGAUGAGAGGGCGGCGGCAGCUGGUGCUUCACCGGCGACCAUCGAAGCAAUUGAAUGGAUGACCGAGCUCAUGGGGAGUUUGGAGGCGGCUCAAACCCUGGCAGACCUGGCUGCAAUGGACGUCAUUGAAGUGUUUUCCCCAAGCCGAGUCAACAAAGAGGUGGAAAGGUUUGGACUUCGGCUGGGAGCAGCGAUUGACCUGGAGGAGCUCAAGCCUGAUGGGUCAGAGAAAUGGGAUUUGGACCAUGAGGCAGACUUCCAGUUGGCCUUGGACAUGAUCGCCUACGAGCAACCAUACUUGGUGACGAGUUCACCACCUUGCACGACGUUCAGCCCGCUGAGGAGGCUGUCGGACUUCAAGCGGGACAAGAAGAUCGUUGAGGAGGAGAAGGAGAUUGGCAAAGCACGGCUCAAGAAGAGCCCUAUGUGCAAGUUUGGCAUGAAGAUGAGCAAUGAUGAUGGAGAGCAGUGCUAUGUCCGCAAGGAGACAUUGUGGAUGACCAACUCCAAGUGCAUUGCAGAGGAGUUGCAAGGUGUGUGCAUCAACAAGCUCAAGGGGCAAGAGGUCCACAGGCAUGUACACCUCAUUGGGCGAGACCGUGCCAAAGCCGCCCAGGUGUACCCAGUACCACUAGUGGAGGCCAUCCUUCGAGGACUGAAGAAGGAGCUGGUGAGCACCAAUGCUUUGAGCGCAGUGGAGGAGAUGCUCACGGGACCUUCCCCGGAUAAUGGCAAUGAGAUGGACAUGGAGCUCAGAGCAUGGGAGGAGGAGCAGUACAUGGACGAUAAGGCCCGGGAGCUCGAGUUGCAGUGGUUGAAGAAAGAGGAGGUGUACAUCCGAGUUCCUCGGAGAGAAGCCACUGGGAAGCUCCUGCAGUGGAAGUGGAUGGACGUCAACAAAGGGGACAAUGAGAACCCUUUCGUGCGCAGCAGGAUGGUGGCGAAGGAGAUCAAGAAGGCCAAGCCAGCAGAGAUGCAGCUGGGUGGUGCCGACACCUUCUCCGCUACUCCGCCGAUCGAGGCCGUGUACACCCUGCUGAGCGCCUUCAUGUCCAAGGACCCAAAGAAGGGCGAGCUCAAGCUCGCGAACUGGGACAUCUCCCGUGCCCAUUUUAUGGGGCGUGCUGCGCGAGACAUUUUCAUGGAAUUGCCGGAGCAAGACCGAGUGCAGCCAACUGACCAAGAACCCAUGGUCGCAAAGCUCAUGCGGAGCAUGUACGGGACCCAGGAUGCGAGUAAAAUCUUUGAGGAAGAUUAUCAAGGGUGGCUGAAGCAGAAUGGAGGAACAUUUUGUUCACUAUGCCCGGCCAUCUUCAGGUUUGAAGAGCGUGGACUACUUGGCCUUGUCCACGGCGACGACUUCCUGGUGGUGGGGGAAUAUGCUCAACUUCGCUGGUUGGAUGGCAUUCUCAACAAGAAGUACACAGCGAAGUGGGAGAACCUCGUUGGUGAUGGGCCAGGCGACAAGCGGUCAAUGACCUUCCUGAAUCGCCUCAUCAAGUACAUCCCAGAUGGAGCGGACCUGGAGAUUGAAGCGGAUACCCGCCACGCAGAGAUUUUGCUGCGAGAGUUCGGCUUCAAUGAAACCACGAAGGGAUGUGACAUUCCGGAGGACAAGAUGACCCAGGCUGACCUGACAGGCAAUCAAUGCUUGAGAGCAGGCAGGUGA